UUCUAAUUGUUGUUGAUGCAGGUGGUGAACGAAGAUGCGAAGAAAGUGGAGGAGUAUCGUGUGUUGAACAAAUCUCUGCGCCAAUCGUUCAGUGCCAAUCGUCAACGACCCGUCGACUUUUUCGAGUUGGUAGUCGAUAAACAGUCGUAUCCGACCACUGUCGAAAACAUCUUCAAUUUCGCCUUCCUCAUCCGAGAGGACAUGGCUAAACUGAAUAUCAGUAAUGAUGGUAUGCCCAAAGUGGAACCAGUGGUCGAAGAUAGAGAAGAAGGAAGACGGAAGAAAAAUGAGCAAGAAUCCAACCAGAUGAUUUUUCAUUGGAUCACGAAAAGUGGAAGGUAA